UUGGUAUUCAAUGAAUCCAGUAAUGUUGCUCUUGGAAUGAAUUGGUAAAUGUUUAAUUGAUUUUAAUUAUUAUGCAUGAUGCAACUGUAUAUUUGGAAAAGGUUAGAGUAUGAUGUUGAAUUUAUGCAAAAUGUGUCAAUGGCCCCUUUUGAAUUAUUUUGGUUGCCUCAUUAAUCCUUGGUGCCUCGCCUUGCUCUCCAGCUUCCAUCUCUUCUUUCUCCUUCUGUCUCUUCAUGUCUUUUCACAAGAACUGGAUUAGUCCAUUUUCAGUUGAACCUUUGUUCCUGUAGAGGACUAAUCCAGUCAAAAUUUUCGAUUAAAAAUAGAAAAAAUUAAUGGCUUGAUAAGGUAAAGUGAUGUGUGGCAAAUACUGCAUGCAAAAACAACAACAACAAAAAGGUUUUAGUUAAAAUUGUUCAUGUUAAGUUAAAUGCAUGUUUUAACCAGCGGUGCAUGUUUUGAUUAGUUUACUGUUAAAGCCAUUGAAUCCGAUGAUUGUUGGCCUGCUAGUAAGAGCCACACUGGCACAGCGGAGGGAUGUUUUACUUUGAAGGAGUGAGAGUCCAAAGUGUGUAGCGGGUGGGUUUUUUGUUAUCAUUUAUGGUCCAAAACAAACAUCCACAUUAUUACACAUUUCUGUUGUAGUUCUAUGCGGGGAUUUAUAUACCAUUAAUUCACAACAAAUUUUAUCUCAAGGCGCUUUACAAAAAAUUAAUUUCAAUUCAAUUAUAAAAACUAGAUUUGCAGGAAUUGAUUGUAUAAUAUGCAACACCCACAAUCCCGCUGUGAAUUUUAGGCCUUGUCAGCUGGCAGUUUUUGGAUGAGUGCAUUGCCCAGUUGCACACUGAUGUGGCUUGGGAGGAAGCUGGAAUUGGACCUCAAUUUAUCUGACUGCAAGAUGGCUGCCCGUCCCACUGAUGCACAUUCGACCCCCAAUCACUCCCCAAAGAACAAUAUAGUCACAUUAUGGGUCCAAAUUUCAAAAUAGAGCCAGUGAUGCAGACUGGUUCAUUCUUCUGUUAUGUUAGCACUUUGAUGUUACUCUUGUUUUUAUACCUAAAGGUUUGCCUUACACUUGGCAAGAUAUUCCUAAGGUGUUCAACAUUUCUGUCCUUGUGGAUUUGGAGAAAUUCUCAGGGAACUUACAGUGGCUGCCCAGUAGGUGGCGAAUGGCGGCUAGUCUGCCUUCCUUAGCCACAUACAUACAAGAAAGCAGCAUUAAAUAGCUGUUCACCACAGACACAAUUGUGUAUGAAAAGGGUUCAUACAGCUGUUAUCCAUCUAGUGCUUAGAACAACAUCAACUUCAAGGUCAUUCAUUGAUCCGAAACAGAAGUUCUGCUGACAUGAGGAACUUCUGCUUGCUCUGCUUUACUCAGUUUUGUUGUUUUUUACCUGACGGAUGUGACUCCCACUGACAAUCUGCAGCACCUAGAGGCCAAAUACACAGGCAGCAUUAAAGCAGAGGGUUUAAGUGAACCCUCUGCCAGUGAAACUGGUAAAUAUUAUUUGCAAGAUGCUUGUCAGGUGGAAGGGAGAGCUGGUCUCAGUGGAAAGGCAGUAGGUUGUUGAUUUUCUAACAGCCUCUGCUGUCCCCUGGCUUAAUGGGAUCUCUUAUCCACGCCACGCCGCUGUCGCACGUCUGGAGUUUCACUUUCCUUUCCCUGCAUUCAUUUGCCUCCUUUCCAUUGUUCUGUUGCCCAACCUAAAUGAUUGAAGCAGUCUAAUCCAAAGAGCUAACAGAUUAGAGAGCAGAGAUCAUCCUUUCAAUUCAUUUAUGUGACUACAGUAUUCUCCCACUUCAUCCUCUCCUCUUCAGUAACUCUUGCCUUCUUGCAGAAGCGAUGUGCAGGGUGAGGGGGUUUGCCUGCUUUUAGAUUUUUUUCUUGCCUCCACCUUGUGUCUUCAUGUUUUGGGGGUUCCUUAGUGACCCCACCCUCUGUCAACCACCCCACACCUAUUGCCACCACGGCCGGCCACCCCAAUCGCCUUGUUGCCAUGCCGACAGAGACAUUGGCUCCUCCCCUGCCAAGUAGCAAGUCUGCUGGCCCCACCACGCCCUUCAGUUCCACUGUACCUCUUCGCAUCCUGAACAAGGGCCCUGAGUACUUCAGACGGCAGGCGGAACCAAACCCAAACCGCCUGAGUGCAGUUGAGAGACUGGAAGCUGACAAAGCAAAGUAUGUCAAGAGUCAGGAGGUCAUCAAUGCCAAGCAAGAACCAGUCAAACCGCCUGUCCUGGCCAAGCCCACCGUUGACCCUUCCAUCCUGUCAAAGAAAAGUCCUGGGAUUGGUGGAGGAGGGAACGGAGCCGGGACCCCUUUCAAAGCGUCCAAUAACAACGCAAAGUCAGACACAUGUGCAUCCAGCUGUGGCAGCGGCAAACGGGAGAAUUUAAAUCUGGAGAUCUUAAAAAAUCUGCUGAACUCAUCAUCGUCUUCAGCAGCAGGUUCUGAAGGACUGUCAGGUGGAGCUAAAAGUGCCGUCCUCAUGAGGUCAUCAGCCAGAAUGGCCCGAAGCUGGACACCGUUGGGGAUGCCACUAACAUACAGAUCCACCAUGACCCUUAAUGAGCAACCUUCAGACUCAGCUCCCAGUCCGAGCACCUCGCAUUCUCUCAGAUCCUUCUCUCACUCCUUAAAGGUCCCCCCAAUGGCCAGCGGGGGGCGUCGCACUCCACAACAAGCAGGAAACCUGAACCUUAGCAGACGAGUCCAAGAUGAAAGAGGAUGUGAAGGAGGAGUUGUCCAGCGUUCUCAUUCCCCACUGCCACCUCUCCUGACCUCCCACUCAUCAUCUGACCUCCUGCGACUGUGCAAUGGUAAACCGCUGCGCACCAAUCAGUCUAGCAGCUCCUCAGCUCCACCCCUCCCUCCCAAACCAAAGCCCACCUCUCUCCCUCCUGCACUGUCCUUGUCACUUCCACGUGCGCGUCCGCCAAUGUCACCUACGCCCUGCAACAACACAACCCCACAGUCUUUGCCAUGUGACUUUGGAGACCCUGCUAGUGCAUCAGCCGAGUUGAACAUUGAUCUGGAGCAGGGUUCAAACGUGACUCGUCGUUCGUCGCUGCACAGAUCCAAGUCGGACCUGUCGGAUCGGUAUGCCCGGGCCGGAGCGGAUGUGGAACGCUUUUUUAAUUAUUGCGGCCUUGAUCCUGAGGAGUUGGAGGCAGUGGGUCCCGAGAACUUUGCACGGGCCAACUCGGACAUUGUCAGCCUGAACUUUCGAUCAGCUUCUAUGAUCUCCUCCGAUUGUGACCAGUCACGGCGAUCUUCCAAUGACGGAAUAUCAGAAGAGGAUGAGGGGGAGGAAGAGGAAGAGGCCGGUGAGCGCGUCCCCUAUGGCAUCUCAGCUGUGGAGCGAAAUGCAAGGGUUAUUAAAUGGCUGUAUAGCAUUAAACAAGCAAGAGAAACACAAAAGGUUUCCCAUGUUUAGAUUAGGUUCAUGUGGACUGUGGAUAGUCUCUCCUAUGGCACCAAACUUGUAAGGUCAUGUCUAGCCGGAUUUAAAGGCUAAAGAAGAAGAAAAUUAUUUUAGUUUUAAGAAUGAAGGACUGAAGAGGUGGUCUAAGAGUUCAUAUCAAACAAACAAGAGGUAUGAACCAAACGUGGACAGAUGUCGUGAUAAAGACUCUGUCAUUUUCUGUUUCUCUCUGAAAGCCUGACUGACAUCUCAGUUGCACCCCAACCAAAAGCAUGAUACAGUGAGCUAGAGAAUGGAUCCACUCUGUCAGAAGUGUUUAGCACACUUCAGUCCAUCAUACAUUAAUGUGACUGACAUUCCAACAAAGUGCAGCCUGAUGUCACUUCCCUUUAUUCCCAAUCCGUUUGGCCAGUUUAGCUUCCAGUUCUGCACUUUCCACACUUAGAAAUGGCCUUCAGUCUGAAACAUCAAACUGGAAACAGCAGAUAUCAGUAUUGAUGGUUUUAUUGGUGCCUGGAGUAGUUGUUAAUUAUACCAAUUAAUUUUUUUCCCAAACAGUAUGUACACCAAAAACUCCUUUAUGUUCCAGUUCCAUGUAAAAACAAUGACAUAUUGUGCUGUCCUACAAUUCUACCAGAGGUAUUUGCAUAUGUCCAUCUCUGCUUGACUUACUUAACUAAGCAUCAUUCGAAUAUGUGAAGAUUUUAUAAUUAUUACUUCCCACAGAGUAUUUUUCUUACCAAAACCUGUGAAUGAAGUAAGACAUGAGAGCUUGUUCACUCUAAAUAUAGAAUGAUGUGGUUUUCUUCAGCUGAGUAGCCGUAAGAAACCGAUUUCAGACUGAAAAUUCUCUGUGUACCCUGCAUUCCACCAGUGAUGCUAACUUUCAACAUCUGUAUGAAAUCCGAGAGUCUCCAUUAAAAAACAGGCAAGAGCUA